UGCACUCUCGCGUACGCUCUCUCCUUCGGCUCUACUCAACUAGCUGACCUGUACUUUGCCCGUUUUAGUGCCUUGACUCGUACUCUUGAGGGCUGGGAAAAUUUAACGUGCGCAUGUCGAAGCAGCCUGAGGCUCUGGCCGGUGUCGCGAGCAGCAGCGGCUGCCUCAGACCACUACCGAACCCGUCAACCGGUAGUGCGAAUCCCUCCGCAUCUUUGCCCGCUCUCUGGGGCUAUCUUCAGCCUGCGCUGGAUCACAUUGUACGCUCGUCAACGAACAACCUAAUGAAGGCCCCGGCUAUUGAAGUCUCGUAUCACAUGGGAUUGCACACAGCCGUAUACAACUACUUCACUUCGCAGUCAGACUCAACAGCAACAGUCCCAAAGGCUCUUUCGUCAAUUCCAUUCUCAAGACCAGACAAGACGAAGCAAAGUGGCACCGACCUAUACGAACAGCUAGACCGCUAUUACGCAGACACUGCGCGUGAACUAUUUCUCGGCGUGCCCCAUGACGACUCCUCUCUGAUUCACUACCUCCUUCCUUGCUUUUCGCGCUACAGUGCAGGGGCGCAGUCCGUGAACCGCCUGCUGGACUACGUGAACCGUCACUACGUAAAGCGCGCCGUCGACGAGGACAAGGGCUGGCUCCGGCUCGCGGACGUGUUCGAGGCUGUCGCAAAGACAAUCACUGAGGACGACACGCGCGAAAAGAUCCAGAAGCGGAUGAAGGAGCGGCGAACGGAGGAACUGAGGCGAUGGGGUUACUAUGACGGCGCCCCGGCAGAGAUGCUCGCCCAAGCAGAGGCGUGCGCGGAGGCCGCAAGCCCGCCUGACCGGGUCGUUCCGCUCUCGUCAUUGGCGCAUCGUCGCUUCCGUACCGAGGUCAUCGACCCGCUCCUUGCGAUUCCCAAAGCGAAGGGCAAGAAGAAGCACUCGGCGAAUGGGCAGAACAAACAGUCAGGGCCGAAGGAGCCCAAGGGACGACUGGCUCGCGCGGUGAAGGAGCUACUAGAAGGGGAGAACAGUGAUGCAGACGAAAGACGGAGGCUUGCGGGGGAGUUAGCCAUUCUGCUGCGGACGGUUGGCAUUCGGAUCGACCAUCCACUGCGGAAGAAGCUUGACAGAUUCAUCGCUCAAAGUCCGCAGGAGGAUGAGCAUUGUUGAUCCACUUGAUGAAAAGUCGUCAUGUUGGUUUGGUUCUGGCUAUCACUCCCAUUUCUAGAGGCGUAUGGGCUUGCAGAGCUGGGUAAUCAUAGACGUGCGAUACCCAAUUUCGCUCCGGUGUCUUGAUUAGUGUGCCACGAAAUCCUCAGACCAAUCGAACAUGCUCAACGACUGUCGGCCAAAUCAAUGUCUCCAACUUGGAACUGGGACGCGUGGAGGAAGCAAGGCUGGAGAAGAUAUGUUACAUCUCAACCUACGCACAAAGGAGUCGCCAAGACAGUGCAGUAUCGCCCAUAGCUAAAGUAUAAUGAUAGCUAUACAGGAUAGACUCCGUCGUCGUCGCCCACUGUAAGCUCGCCCGCGAGUUGCCCGGCGAGGCAGGGCAGUUGAAGGCAGAUGGAAUCGGAAUCGAAAUCGGCAAUGUGGUGUAUGCGUAUGUGCCAGUGGGAAUAGCCUAUUCGGUGGUGCUCGCAUGGUCGGUGGACAACGAAGAGGGAUAGUUCGGAGUUGCAUACGUGGGGUUGUUGAGCGACACGAUAAAUGCUGGUGCACCUGCAUACAAAGGCCCGCGUUCCUGUUGUACAGGUGGUGGAAUGCCCCAGGCGGUAGUGCCGUAUGAUGCGAGGGGUUAUUGUGAUCCUAAAACAUGCGAUACCGGGCCCUGUGUGCGAUAGACAGGCAACGACGAGAUCCACAAAGAUAAUAGUACCAGAGGCGGUGUGAACCAGGCGAAAAAGCUCACAUUGCCCACGGAGUGGCGUCCAACGCCAGACUCAACGUUGGAGAACUGAAGGCUGCCGACAUGCUGCUGCUGUCCGAGCAGUGUGGGCGCGACAAGAGGGCUGCGAACGGGAGCGUCGGGGGACGAUAUGGCGAUGCUGACAGGCCGCGAGUCGAAGACAGCUGUGGUGUAUGCGUCUAAAGACUUCUCUUCCGGCAUCUCAUCGUACGUCUUCGCAAUAGCCUUGAUCUCUUCGACCCGUCUUCCUUGCGCAAUAGCGUCUGCGAGCGCAGAGCAGCGCUUUAGCUCUUUGGGCCCAUUACGCUUUACGUUGCGCUUCUGCUUCUGCUCAUUGCCGUACUGCGGACGGAAGCGAUAGUCAGGAUAUUUGAGCUUAUGUAGCCGUUUCUCCUCAGCGGCCCUUUCGAACCAGUGUUUUUUCUCGUCAGUGGAUAGCUUUCGCAGACACAUACCGAUGACCCGGCUGAUAAUGCGAUGGUCGCGUUCGACGUCGGGCGUCAUGAGACCUUGGCGGUAGAAGCCGAGGCGAUGUAUCAUGAAGGCGUUGCGUGGGCGGGGAAUAUGGUCGGGCGAGCGUGGAUGGUGGGGUAUGUACUUCUUUUUGGGCCUUUUGCUUUGCGACGAGUCGGAGGUGGCGUCAAGGGGAAAGAGAAUGGCGAUGGCGAUGACGGUGAAGAGGGUGAUAAAGAGGACAAAGAGGAGACAGAAGAUGAAGGUGAGCUAGAGAGCAUAUCCUUCGGCAGAAAUUCGGUGGCGGGGGACGAGCUGCGGGAAUUGUGGUCCGAGUCGGUAUGGUCUGCAGAUUAGA